UCGCCCGACGUUCUGUCACACAAUUUGUGUGCAAGAAAAAUCAACAAAAAACAAAACAUUUGCUGUCAUUGCCAUUUCAGCAGAAAUUUUCCCUCCAAAAUUGCAUGUGAGUGUAUGUGUUGUGUUUGUCUAAAUGCGUGAACCAUAUUCAAUUAGCAGAAAUAUACAUGUGGCUGACACAACAACAAUACCAUGAUUACCUUCUAGAACAAAAAUCAAAUAAGAAACAUACAAAACUGGAGGCCUUUCUUAGUAAUAACUUAUCGUAGACUAUAAAACACAGACACACAUAGAACGAGACGUAAUCCUAGUAGUUGUUAUCCAAAUCCUCCCCCUCAAUAAUUGCUCAGCAUUCGUAAGAGAAUUUCUAAAAUAAUAAAAUAGAAUAAAAUAAAGCUUUAACAAAAUGGUUUGGGAUUUUGCUGUUGGUGGCGUGACCGAUGAGGUGCCACGCACUAUGGGUCCAGAAUGUGAAAAUUAUAUGACAAAUCGUCGCCGCUUUAUUGAAGCCGUACUAUUUUGCAUACUAUUUUUGUGCGUUAUGCGCUGGGCCAUCAAACGUUUGGAACCCAUACAAUUGCCCGAUGCCAAAGACUUGAACAAACCAUACAGCGGCAUGCGAAUAAUUCUCUUGCUCAUAAUGACAAUGAUCUUUGGUAUUGAGAUGGGCUUUAAACUAGCCAAUAGAUCUGUGAUAUUUGUUUUAAAUCCAUGUCAUAUCCAAACGAUAGUGCAAAUAUAUAUUUUAGCAGCCAAGCCAAGCAAACUAACAACGACACUGUUCCGUGUACAAAUGAAUAAUUUAAAUGGUCCAGUUUUAGCGUUUAUAUUUCCGGAAGUGGAAUGUCGCACCCUACCCUUUGAACAGGCCACCUAUUGGAUACAACAUGCUAUGCUGUAUAUAAUUCCUGUUUAUGUCCUACGCUCAGGCCUGUGUCAAGUUGAAGAUUUCCACGAUUAUAAUUGGUCAAUAAUUGGUGUUGAAUUUCAGCUGCUGUACCAUUUUAGUGUUUUAAAUUAUUUCUCUGUGAAAACUGGCAUUAAUCUUAAUCAUAUGCUUUGCGCUGCUGAAAGUGAUCCCUUUCAGGGACAAAAUUAUCGAAUUGCUGCUGUGAUACAUGAGUCAAUUCUAUGUCCCAUAUUAAAUAAAUUAACGGUAUAUAUGUUUGCCGUACCCGGUAGUAUACAACAUUCGAAUAGAUUGAGUGGAAAUAAAACAUCACUCAAAACACAAAAACAAGAACAGCCACAACAAUAUGAAAAGUUAACAUCCAAAAUGACAGAUUCAUCAACAUUAUUGGAUUCAGCAAAGCUGGACUUACAACAAAAACAACAAAAACAACAACAACAUAAACCGCCCACUAUAAAUAAUCAAUUAUAUUUGCCUAAUGAUGGCGAUGAUGCCACGAUGCAAUUAAAGCAUCGUAAUAUACCGACGGCAGCAGCAACAACAACAACAGCCACCACACCAAAUGACAACAGUAAUAGUAGCAGUAGUAAUUCCAACUAUCCUAGUAGUAGUCAUACACCCUGCGAUCAUCAUCACCAUCAAAGUGUGUUACAACAACCUGAAACGAAAGACAAAGAAGAAGAAGACGACACUGAUUAUGUUCUAGAGCAGGAUGAUGGUAUUGAAAUGGUAAUGUCACCGGUACCUGCUACUGAAGAAUAUAGAAUGCCUACAACUAAAAUUGAUUAGUAUUUAAGCCAACCGAUAAUAAUAUUACUAAUAGUAGUUUUUUCUAAAUCAGCAGUAUAAUCAACUUUUAUCUAAACAACAGAUUACUUGAUAUACAAUGCAUACAUACAAUACAAUAGUCCCAUACUCGAACCACACAUGUAACCAAUGUGAUGUAAGUGAUUAUAAAAAAUAUAUAUAUAUGAUAUAUUAAGGAACUACAAAAAUAAAAUGAAAUAUUGUGAAUAAUUAUAUAAGAAUGUAUUCUAUAUAACAGAACUAAACCACUAUUUCCUUCUUUAAAUUUUGCCCCAAAAUGAUGCAUUUUAAAGAAAAACUGCAUCAAAAUAUCUUAAAUGGGUUGUUCAAUUGUAAAGAUCUGUAAAAAUUACCAAAUAAAAAUCCAAAGUGUUUCAAAGUCA